UUUCUUUCAUGAAGUGCGGCGAGUGCGAUGCAUCAGACUUCGAGCUCCCCGUGUGUUUGGAUCCUGUAACAACAGCGGUUUGGGGCGUGCGCACACCGGAGCCAGCUGUAGCACGGAGAGGAGGCGAGAGGAGACUACUAAGCAGGCGCCUCGUGGCUCAGCAUCAGCACCAGGCUGAGUUAGGAUUUGCGCACCCUCCAAACUUGGCUUGGGACCUCAGCAUGUGAACGGGCUUUGCAGGAGGAGGAUCCACCUAGGAUGUCAGCUCUAAAGAAGGUGUUGCCAGGCAUACUGAAGAAGCAUUGCUGUAUCUUACCAGACAGAAACACAGAAUCACAGUGCACACUGUGUGGUGAACCAGAAGACCAGCAGUAUUCAUGGUCGCCCUCGCAGUACUUCGAUGAGGACAGCUACUCCCCUCCACCCAGGAACAUGAAGGGUCUCUCUGGCGGCCGCCCUGCCCAGCUCCACCUCACCUCUCCCAACUCAGCCCAUACCUGCGGCCUGGUUGAAUGCGACCAUUCCCUGGACCAUCACCUCCACCAUGGCAACUCACGGCCCCCCUCUUACCUCCUCAGCCCCACAGAGAGCUGCCCCCUCGAGAGUCACCAUCGCUGCUCCCCGCGGAGCUCCAUCCACUCUGAGUGCAUGGUGGUACCGGUGUCCAUGUCGGCCACCGACCACUCCAUGUCCAGUAGCACUUUCCCCCGCAUGCACUAUGGCAGCACUUCACGGGAAAGCGGCGGCAACACUUCUGGCGGCAGGGACUCCCGAGACGACGGAGGCUCCUCCUCGCAUGGCGGCAGCGGCAAAAUGAACCGAAUCCCAGCGAACCUCCUGGACCAAUUUGAGAAGCAGAUGCCCCUCCACCGGGAUGGCUUCCACACGCUGCAAUACCAACGCACCUCCACCACGACCACGACGACAGAGCAGCGCAACGAAAGCCCCGGGCGAAUACGCCACUUAGUCCACUCGGUACAGAAGCUCUUCACAAAGUCGCACUCUCUAGAAGGUUCCUCCAAAAUGAACGGUACCAAAGGCGACUCGCACCGGGACAACUCCCACCACCACCAUCACCACCACCAAGGCCACCACAAACACAGCAAACGCAGCAAGAGCAAAGAACGUAAGUCUGACGGCAGCGGCAAGCAACGCUCGGGAGGUUGGUGGAGUUCGGAUGACAACCUGGACAGUGACAGCACAUACAGAACGCCCAGCGUCAUGUCCCGGCAUCCUGUGGACCACAACAGCCACUGCUACCCUGACUCCAUGCACGGCCACCUGGCCGGAGACCUGUCGCUAAAGACCUCCAAGAGUAACAACGAUGUCAAGUGCUCCGCCUGCGAGAGCAUAAGCAUGGCACCAGAGGGAAAGUUCAUGAAGAGGAGCUCCUGGUCGACGCUAACGGUCAGCCAAGCCAAGGAGGCCUACAGGAAGUCGUCACUCAACCUGGAGAAACCCAUGACACCCACCGACCUCAGGCCCAACAUCAGGCCCUGUCACUAUCUACAGGUGCCCCAGGACGACUGGGGGGGCUACCCUGGCGGGGGGAAGGAUGACGAGAUCCCUUGUCGUCGGAUGCGGAGCAGCAGCUACGUUAAAGCCAUGGGGGACGAGGAGAGCGGAGAUUCGGACUCGAGCCCCAAAACAUCGCCGCAGAAGUUUGUGCGACCUGACGCCCUGGUCAAGGCCAUCAUCAGACCCAGGGACCUGCUGGACUCCCAGAGUCAGAGCUACCACUUGCAAGCCACCAGGGACAUGCACCCCAGCAUUGCCUUGGAUCCCUCUGCCAACUACAACUCUCCUAAGUUUCGCUCCAGGAACCAGAGCUACAUGCGAGCAGUCAGCACCCUCAGUCAGGCUAGCUGUGUUAGCCAAGUGAGUGAAACAGAAAUAAAUGGCCAGUUUGAGUCAGUGUGCGAGUCGGUGUUCAGUGAGGUCGAAUCCCAGGCCAUGGAGGCUUUGGACCUGCCCGGCUGCUUCAGAACCCGGAGUCACAGCUACUUGCGAGCCAUCCAGGCCGGCUACUCCCAAGACGAUGACUGCAUCCCCCCAAUGGCGUCCACUGUCACGUCCACCAUCAGGUCUACCACAGCCAUCACCUACACACCCAACUACAAGAAGGCCCCUCCUCCAGUCCCGCCCCGUACCACUUCCAAACCCCUCAUCUCCAUCACGGCCCAGAGCAGCACCGAGUCCACCCAGGACGCCUACCAUGAGGGGAGGCUUCCUCAUGGUGGGAUGUGGGCCCCCGACGGCCUCAGCCUGGGGCUGAAUCCAUGCAGGGCUCUCUAUAACUCCACCGACAGCCUGGACAGCGCCAAGGCUGUGACCAUAGCCAUGGAGGCAGCCGGCGUCAUGGCUGGAAAAAGACACCCGUCCACAGACAGCCACAGCUCGGUGCUCACCUGCGACAAGGCCAUCCUGGUGUCGAGGGCUGAGGAGUACUUGAAGACACCUCGAUCCUCCAUAGGGAUACAGGUGGAAGCAGCCACGGACUCUGAGUCAGAAAGCAAAGGUUUGCGGGAGUACCACUCUGUUGGGAUCCAGGUGGAGGACAACAAGAAAGGACAAGGCAGGUUCAAACGCUCCAACAGUGUGACUGCAGCUGUGCAGGCCGACAUGGAGCUGGAGGGCUUCCCCACCAUGGAGGACAAGGGCCUGCAGUUUGGUGGGGGCUUCCAGCGUCACUCAGAGCCCAGCACGCCUACCCAGUACGGGGCGGUGCGAACCGUGCGCACCCAGGGGCUCUUCAGCUACCGCGAGGAUUACCGAACCACCGCCGAACCCCCCAGCCCCAGGGAGACCACCAGCGAGACCAACUGGCAGCUGGAACCCCCCUCCCCACGGAAGAGCGCGGCCUCGUCGGCCGCGUCCGGCAGGGCAUCGCCUUCCCUGAGGAGGGAUGGGAGCUGGUUCAUGCAACUGCUCCACACAGAGACCAAGAGGAUUGAGGGCUGGUGUAAAGAGAUGGAGGCAGAAGCUGAAGAGAAUGACCUGUCAGAGGAGACCCUAGGUAAAAUCCGAAGUGCAGUGGGAAGCGCUCAGCUGCUUAUGUCCCAGAAAUUCCAGCAAUUCUACUGGCUGUGUCAGCAAAACCUGGACCCCAGUGCCAUGCCGCGGCCCACCUCUCAGGACCUGGCUGGGUUCUGGGACCUACUGCAGCUCUCCAUCGAUGACGUCACCAUGAAGUUUGACCAGCUGCAGCAGAUCAAGAACAACAACUGGAGGCCCUUGGACAGCCCGGAGAAGAAGGUGAGGGAUCGCCUCGGCACUCCACUAGCUCCUGUACCAAAGAAGACAAUUCGACAAAGGAGCUUGGUGACAAGGGAGAAAUCCCUGGACCUCCCAGACAGGGGUCGGCAGGAGGCCCGUCGGAGGCUCAUGGCGGCCAAGCGGGCCAACUCCUUCCGGCAGAACUCAGCCUCGGAGCGGGCAGACAGCAUCGAGAUCUAUAUUCCCGAGGCUCAGACUAGACUUUGAGAAGAUAGGGUCCAGGGUUGAUGCGUCUCCCUGCUCCCACGUUCAAACGACUUUAAAACUAGCCUUUUUUCUAGACUGCUACUCUCUGUACUCUUCCUUUAUCCAUCUGUUGUCUGAUCUCGAUAGCCAUCCUCAGCGCCCAUCGCCAACACCAUUGGUCUGCAGGAUGAGCCGAGCCUCUUCUCCCAUUGCCAGAAUAAGUGUUAGCAGAUAUGUAUGUCUGACAUGGGUUGGUUGGGGUUCUCCUUGGUUUGCUGGUGAUCAUGAUACCCAGCCUACAAGCUCUCUCAUCCAAUUUCCUGGAUGGGGUACGCCCGUAGUUUUUCAGCAUUUGCAAA